AUUAAAGUUAGUUGGGUUAUUGUGGUAUUUGUGGAUUCGAAGGAUUACAGUGUAGUACCAACAAAGUGGCUAGUUCAAAAUGACAUAAAUAAUCUAGAAAAUAGUAAUGUAAGGUUAUGUAAAUGGCCACUUGGUCGAGUAACCAGUACUGACAUUCAUGACGCCCUAGAUCCAGAUCCAACUUGGUUUGAGUAUGGUAUUAAAAUAGUUGGUGGCAAUAAAACAUAUGAUAAUUUUAAAAAAGCUUGGCAUGUAAGAGUUGAAAAAGAAUCGGAAAAUGAGGAGGUUCAUUUGAUGACCAAAUGUAAACGUGCAUCAACGAUAUUUGAUGUAUCAAGCAGUAGCAGUGAUGAAGAUCAUUCUGGGUACUGUAUAAUACCUGAAUCUACUUCUGCAUUUAAGUUGCCCAAUAAUGAAGAGCCUGUACACUAUACAGAACUACAACCAGUGAAUAGUCCACCCUUACUGAAACCAUGCACAAUGCAACCAAAUGAAACAUUCCCAUCAUUAUUAUCACAUCAAAUGAGUAAGCAAUCAUCUUCAGUGGGUCAACUACCAUGCGUUCAAUCAAGUUCAGUUUACCAACCACCUCAAGAUGAACAAUAUACAAGUGCACAGAAUACACAGCAAUUAUAUACCACUCCAAACACCAAUACUUACGGGUUUUAUGAAGAUAAAUUAGAUACAUUAAACAAUAAUAUCUUACAAGGUCAAACUGCUACAAAUUUGAUGUUGAAUCGCAUAUUUGCAAAAAUUGAAGUAAUAGAAGCCAAUUUAAAAAAUACUUCUCAAAGCAUUGUUCCAACUGUGUACAUUGAUCCAAUUUUUUUGAGUUACUUUCCUCUUAAAAAUGCAGAUGAGUUAUUAUCAAUUGAAAAUCUUAUAAAAAAUGAAACUGAGUUUGUUCUCAAACUGGAAUCGUUUAUAAAAAGCAUAGGUGGUAAUUGUGCUGCAAAUCAUAUUAAAAGAGUCAUGAGCAAAUUGUUCACUGAUGAAUACUGUAUAUAUAUUUCAUGGACUGGACGUGGGUGGGCGAAGAAUAUGACUAAAUUAAAAGAAACUGAACUUAUCAAAAUAGUGAAAAAGGUUAUCCAACAAUGUUCUUCGACGCUAUUUAAUGACUCACAGUUUGAAAAAGAAAUAACUGAAAGACUUAGAACUGCAAACACCAGAUUUAAAAGAAUUAACAUUGACGGUCUACCAAUAGCUAAGAGUAGUAAAAGUCAACUAUGGCCUAUAUUGGUUUCUAUCUUAAAUUUUAAAGGAUUAACCAACAAUGUACUUCCCAUUGGUAUAUUUCAUGGAUUUAAAAAACCACAUUCGAUUGAAGAGUUUUUAAACCCAUUUAUUGCUGACACCUUAGAAGUAUUAAGAAAUGGUUUGAUUGUAAAUGGAACAUUAAUAAGUGUUAACAUUUCUAAUAUAGUUUGUGAUGCCCCUGCUAAGAGCUUUUUACUUAACGUUAAAAAUUUUAAUGCCUAUUUUGGGUGUACUUCUUGCAUUGAAGAAGGAGAUUAUAUAGAAAACCGAGUUGCUUUAAUUGGAACAAAUGCUCCAUUAAGAACAAACGAAACUUUUAGAAAUCAAUCGAAUGAAGAAUAUCAUAAAGGUGAUUCCCCCUUACUCAAAUUACCAAUUAAUAUAACCAAUGUUGUUUGCUUAGACUACAUGCAUUGUGUGUGUCUCGGGGUCACUAAACGUUUAAUAGAAUUUUGGAUUAAAGGGAAAAGGGAUAUAAGAUUGACAGAUGAAAGUAGAGAAGGAAUAAAUAAUGAUUUAAAAAUGUUAAGGCCAUAUGUGCCAUCAGAGUUUUGUCGAUUACCACGACCAAUAGAUGAUAUAGAGUACUGGAAGGCUACUGAAUUGCGUAGUUUUGUUUUGUAUUCAGGAGCAAUUGUUUUAAAAGGCAAAUUAAAUCCUGAACUUUACAAACAUUUUUUGUUAUUG